UGUUUCGUUGGGUGUCACACCCAAUGACGUUUUGGCCUCUAUUUUACUUGAAACUCGUGCCAUUGAUAAGAUAGUUCGGAUCAGAUGUUGAUGUUCGGCGAGGAAAAAAGUGUUAUUUGAGACCUCUUGCCAUUCAAGCAAUAAAUUGAUUUUGAAAGUUGAAAUAACCAAACCAAGUAUGACUGACAAGCCAGCUGGCUUACGUAUAUACGCAGCAAAAUUGUUUAUUCAAAUUGUUUGCGCUGUAAACCACACCUCCUCUUCUGUAUCAACAAGGGGAAACUUCCAGCGCUCAUGUAAAGACUUUCGAGCAAGUCAUUCGAGGUAAAUAUGAAAACUACAAAUUGGAUGCGACUUGACGCUUUAGUCUUCGUUUGCUUUGCAGUCGUUACUUUUUCAGUUAUGAAAUACGGAAAAACAGAAUGCCAGGAUCGAAAAGAACCCACGUUUGAAAGUUUACUGGAAUCUCACAGGUUUCCGGGGAAAAAGAUCCUCUCGGAGGGAAUGGCUUUCCGGAAAACUAAAGUGUUGACACCUUUAGAUUGCUUGGAUGUGUGUCUCAGGACAGGGGAUUUGUGUGCCUCGUUCAGCUAUCGCAAAAGUUGGAAUACAAGGAGAAAUAUAAAACAAUAUCGAUGCGUCAUAUAUCGCUCGAUCGAUAACUCUGAUCUGAUGCUGACAUAUGCGACAAACUUUACUUAUUAUAACAUAAGCUACGCAAUGAUAAGCGAGAUUUUGCGAAACACAAGCUCAUGUGAAACCAGCAGUGCGAGCCAGAGUCAAAGUAAUCCAAGUGGUCGUUAGAAGACUAAAGAUCAGCCUGUAAGCGGGCAUUCUUCGGAAAUGUUUUGUUUUUGACCAUCGGGACUCCUUUGGCGCGAAAAGGACGCGGAGCACUGGAUCAGCUUGCACGCCGCCAUGGCCUUUAGCGUGCAAGCGUUUCCGUGGGGUUUCAGCGGAAAUAGAGUGAGCGAAGAGUAGGCCGCGCGGAGAAUAGGGGCUAAGGAAGGGGAGAGAAGGAGGAGAGACCUUCACCCCUGGCCCCAUUCUUUGUUGAAAAACAAAACUUUCCAAAUAAAGCCUAGGUAGAGAUGAUAAUAGGAAUAUGAAAAAUAGAACAUCGAGGAAUAGGUGGCACCAUUUUAUAUGAGCCACAUUAAUUCAAAAUGACAAUGCAGAAAACAUACGAGGAGCGGAUCUAGAAGGGGGGCUCCCACUCAUUGUUCUUCCGUAGAUGUCCUUAUAUUUCUUGUUAUUUAUAAGACAAAUGUCCGAAAAUAGGGGGGGGGGAGGCGGGGCCCGCGAUCCGCCUAGAUCCGCCCUGCUUACCGCUAUUCCAAAUAACAUUGCACUCGAGAACCCAUGUGUCGUACGUAGCCCAAAGUGGUUCAUGGGUAGCGUAUAAAUGUCUGACUCCGCGUGGCUCUGAAAGCCAUGUCAGUGUUUACUAGCCUCGUCCCUUUGCUUCUCGGCGGGCCUAUCACGCUCUACAUGGCUAUGACAUCACUGAAAGUGUGAGUGCGCGCAAAGCAUAAUGGAGCUGACAGCCAGGGAGUAGCCUGGGGACGAGGCCAAGUGUUUACAGGCACAUAAACAACGCUGCUAAAGCUUUACCAACCUGGAUUUGGUUUUAUUUACACUAAUAUUUGCUUAUUUAUUUGAUUUCCAUGAAGCAUGCGUUAUGACACAUGAAUUCUCGAAGUGCAACCUUAUUUAAAAUAAAAGAACGUAGUGCAAAUGGAGAGGCCAAAUUGUAGUUUUAAGGGCAAUCACUAAUUAUGGGUUAUGUGUAAGAAAAAAGAUGAUAAGUUAACUAUUCGCGUAAGUUAUUCGUGCAUUUUAUAGCAAUACGACGAGUUGUAUUUUUAGCAGAACUCUGAUUUGGUAGCCAUUGCAUUUGUCAUUUGCCUUCACAACAUUUGAAAUAGAGGUAUAUAAAAGAACAGUUAGGCAAGUGUGCAAUGUAAAAUUUAAAUUAACGAAAUUCUAGGAUAGUCGUUUAGCUAUAUGAUAUCGACCCCUCAACUGGCCUGUACCGGCCUUGAGAAGUACCCACAACCCAAAAAAAUCAUAUAAAUACAAAGAAAAAAAAAACAAGAUGAAGAUACUCAGGCAUCAGUCUAAGGAAUAAAUGGUGUUGAAGAUAUGCGACCAUAA